AUGGGUUCUGAAUUUCGGAUAUGUUUUCUGGUUAACCUUGUCAAAGCUGAAGAAUUCAGUUUUGACCCUCCAGUUCAGGAUCACUUAUCGGUUAAGGAGGUUGGUUCAAAACAAAACGAAGGGAAAAAGAUCAACUUCAGCAUUGAUCUUUUUCAUCGUGAUUCGCCACCAUCUCCACUUUAUAACUCUUCUCUAACUCCAUAUGAGCUGAUGAGAAAGGCUGUGCUACGUUCCUAUAGUCGAGUCAACUUUCUUCGCACAUCUAUGCAUAUUGAUGAUAAGCAAUAUGUGUCAUCGCUCACUGAAUAUCAAGGUCAAUAUUUCAUAGAGGUUUAUAUUGGAUCCCCACCAGUUGCAUUCCAUCUGAUUGCUGACACCGGAAGUAGCCUCAUAUGGGUAAAAUAUUCUCAAGAUUAUAAGCCACACCACUUUUAUCCACCAAGUUCAUCCACCUAUCAAAAAGUUUCUUAUAACUCAGAAUUUUGCAAGGCUUUGGGCAAAAGAAAUGCUGGGGACUCAGAGAGUUGCGAAUAUGAUCGUUCUUACCCGGAUGGUUCAUAUACGUCAGGAAUCCUAGGCAAGGAAACUUUCCAUUUAAAUCUCACCACACAUGGAUCACAUCCUUUUGACGGAAUAGUGUUCGGAUGUAGUAAAGAACAUUACUUAUACGGAGGGAAUAGUAAAUUUCAAGGUAUUGUUGGCCUCGGAGCAGGAGUAUUAUCGUUAGUUUCUCAAUUGAAAUCUAAAAUAGAAUCCAAAUUCUCCUAUUGCUUAGUUCCCAUCACUUCAAAGAAAACUAAUAAGUUGAGAUUUGGAGCGGGAGAAAUGAUUUCUGGGGUAGAGGUUGUUUCAACUCCAAUUGUACUUAAACAUCCUCCUAAUCACUACUAUGUCAGUCUUGAAGGUAUUAGCAUUGGAGGAAAUAAAGCAAUCACAGGUCAUCGUCGAGGUAAAUAUAUCAUGAUAGAUUCUGGAACUUUUCUUACAAUGUUACACUCAAGCCUAUACAAUAAUUUCGAACCCAUUGUUAAAAAUGCAAUCGAUGGUACCCCAAUAGAAAAUCCACCGGAAAAUUUUAAAUUGUGUUAUGAAACCAAAUCUAUUAGACUUAACGACCUCCCAAAAAUGGUGUUCCAUUUUGAAGAUGCAGACAUUCACCUACUACCUGUUCACACAUUUAUGCAAUGUCCUGGUGAUGUGGUUUGUAUGACAAUAGUCCCAAAUGAUAAUCUUUCGAUACUUGGAAGUAUGGCACAAGUGAACUUUCUAGUGGAAUUUGACCUCCAAAAUAAAAAAGUUUCUUUCGCUAGAGUAAAUUGCGCGGCAAUGUAA